AUGCUGACUAUGCAUGGCCGUAGCGUGGAGCUAGACGCGCCGUGGCAGGAGCUUUCGGAGCUCAAUGAAUAUACGAGCUGGUGCUGCGGUCCGAGAAUGAUACAAAAGCUAUAUGACGCCUCUCUUCAGCAUGAAUCCGUGAGGACUAUCAUGAAGCUCUCUGCUCUGUCUGCAGCCAGUGUGCUGCUGGCGACGAUUUGUGUCGCUACCAAUCCUUUGACGCCAGACAAGGUUGAAGCAGAUCUCAAGACCGACGAACUUCGUCGCGUAUUGCGCGCUCUUGACAAGAUCGGCCGGGAUAAUGGCGGGACAAGGGCAUUUGGCACACCAGGCUACAAGGCCUCAGUCGAUUAUGUCCUAGAGCGAGCCCAGACGCGUUUUGGUAAGGAGAUGGACACCUAUGUUCAGCCAUUCAAUUUCACCUACGAUGAAACCCUCGAAAUUUAUGUCCAUGGUCCGGAGGGAGAGGAUGUGUUCGUCAUUAGCCCGCAAUACAACCCGCCAACACCAUUGCCGGACGGCAUUGAGGCACCUCUUAUCAAUACGCCCGUCAACGAUGAGACAGGGUCCAUGUGCCUCCCAGAGCAAUGGGAGGGAAUUGAUGCGACCGGUAAGCUGGCGCUAGUGAAGCGUGGCAUCUGCGAUGUGUCGACAAAGUUGAAGCUUGCAAAAGCGCAUGGCGCUCUAGGUGUCAUCCUCUACAACCAAAAUCCCGGCACAGAUUAUGCUACGCCAACGCUUGGCGCAGAGAAUAUCGGACUGCUCAUUCCCGUGGGCAUCAUACCUCUUGAUGUGGCGACUGGCUGGAUCGCUAGGUUAGAAGCCGGCGAGACUCUGGUUGUAACUCUUCUGGUUGAUUCGAUUUCCGAAGAUCGAGAGACAUGGAACAUAAUAUCUGAGACUAAAGAAGGCAAUCCAGACAGCGUAGUCAUGCUGGGCGCCCAUUUAGACAGUGUUCAGGAAGGUCCCGGUAUUAACGACGAUGGCAGUGGCACUGCUGCUCUCUUGGAGAUCAUGGGAUCUGUCAAGAAAUAUAAGGGAUUCCCGAAUAAGAUACGCUUUGCCUGGUGGGCUGCUGAAGAAAGUGGCUUGGUUGGGUCCUACUACUACACGGAGCAUCUCACAGAAGACGAGGCCGACAAGAUCAAAUACUACUACAAUUUCGACAUGAUUGCGUCGCCGUACCCGAAGUAUGAGAUCUCUAGUUAUGAAUAUAGUGGUAUUGGCCCGCAGCUUCUGGAGGACUAUAUUGUGGCGCAGGGCAAGACGGUUGAUUAUGCAGAGUUUGAUGGCCGCUCUGACUAUGCCGGAUUUACUGACCUGGGUAUACCGACCGCUGGCUUAUUCACUGGCGAUGGUGCGCCUUGGUAA